UUUACUCUCUCUGUUCGGAGUUACACACGGCGGCUACUUCACGCGAAAAUGAGCAACUCCGAGGAACCCAAAGUGACCACAACUCCACACAUAGUGAAAGAAGAGCUCAUGGCAGCAGGGAAAUGGGUGCAGCUGGAGAAGACGACAUACGUUGAUCCUGCUGGAAACACCAGAACCUGGGAGACGGUGAAAAGGACGACCAGACGGACCAACACGGAGGCAGAUGGUGUGGGAAUCAUCGCUCUGCUGAAGCGGACGCUCCACAAAGACUGCGUGGUGAUGGUGAAGCAGUUCCGUCCUCCUAUGGGAUGCUGCACUCUGGAGUUUCCUGCAGGAUUGAUUGACGAAGGCGAGACCGCGGAGGUGGCCGCCCUGAGGGAGCUGAAGGAAGAAACGGGCUACAAGGGGGAGGUAGUCGGAGUCACUCCAGUGACCUGUCUGGACCCUGGUCUGUCUAACUGCACCAACCAGAUCAUCCUGGUCAACAUCAAUGGAGACGACAUGGAGAACAUCAACCCGACACAGCAGCUGGGUGAAGGAGAAUUUGUCGAAGUCAUUCUUUUACCGCUUGAUGAGUUCCAGACGAAAAUAGACGAUCUGCUGCGCAAAGAAAAAAUCGUGGUGGACGCCAAAGUUUACAUCUUUGCCAUGGGGAUGGUCCAGGCCUUCUUUAAGCCGAGGGAGCUGCCUGUCCUGAAGCAGUGAAGCAGGAAGUAGUUCAGGAUGAGCACGAGAGAAAGAAACAGUGUCUUACGUUGCACAGGGCUCCGACACAGGAGUGGAGAAUUUAGGCGUGUAUUGGAAAGAAAAUUGUCAAACUGUCAUAGGAAAUUGUGGUUUUAGACCCGAAGUGAUCUCAUGUUUUAUUAUUUGUUUCUAUGCAGUUUCCAAUAUUGCAAUCAGAAGACACAACACAGCUUUGUGUUAGACACGAAAAUCUUGAAAUCAAAGUCUCGACAGAGCGUUGGUUCUCGAAGUCGAGCCUAUGAAGGAGCCCUGUUUACCCUGCACGCACUGGACCACGUUUUGCUCUCAGUAUGGAGAUGCUACCGUACACCUCGAGGCCUGAAACAUACUCUGGUGGACAAUCCACAAUUGUUUGCACACUUAACACAGAAUAUGUUUCAGGCUUUAGUCCUAGAUUGACCAGUAGUCAUUUUGAGUUUUUUUUUUUCUUAAAUGAGAUUCCAAAUAGUUUUACAAGAUGCAGUUUGUUGUCAUUUUUAUUUAGUGAUUGUAAAACAUUCCCUAACAUCUGCUAACAGUGUGUUCUGAAAACCCCACUUUAACCCACUUAUCUGGUGCAAACUGUGUCCAUGCUGUUUCUCACUCCACCGAAACCCAAAGCUGAAUCAUUCAGGCUCUCAUCUCUGCCUCCAGAUUUUAUCUAAAGACAUUCCGGGGAAUGGAGGAAUGCGUUUACUAACUUUGGCAACCAGCCACGUGUAACAGAAUAACCCUGAACUUGUGAUAACGGUUGCGUAACUGAUUGUUGUAUUAACCGUCCUAACACUAUGAGAGGAUUUAACUCUUUUAAUUCCACUGUAGUGUUCAGCAGAGGUGCUGGACUGAUUGAACACAGUCACUGCCGUGCCUUGAACCUCGUUGUGGUGGACACUGAUGCUGUACUUUCCCUAGCAACUAGAAAUUACUGACCAAUGAAUAAAUGUGGUUCUACAUUUGCUCAUA